GUUCAUGGUAAAUUUUGAUAAAAGACAUCAUGUACUGUGGCGAAUCUUUGGACUGCCGUCAUUAAAACGAAAUUGCUGUUUUGAAGAAUUUUCUAACUGCUCACGACUAAAAAGAAUUCAUCACUAUGCAAAUUUUCGUGAAAACCCUCACGGGUAAGACCAUCACCCUUGAGGUCGAGUCUUCGGACACCAUCGAAAAUGUUAAAGCCAAAAUUCAAGACAAAGAAGGUAUCCCUCCUGAUCAACAACGUUUGAUAUUCGCUGGCAAGCAACUCGAAGAUGGACGUACCUUGUCGGAUUAUAACAUCCAGAAGGAAUCUACAUUGCAUUUGGUAUUGCGUCUGCGUGGUGGUGUUAUUGAGCCUACCCUCCGUUUAUUGGCCCAAAAAUACAACUGUGACAAGAUGAUAUGCCGUAAGUGUUAUGCUCGUCUUCAUCCAAGAGCCACUAAUUGCCGUAAGAAGAAGUGUGGACACACAAACAACUUGCGUCCCAAGAAGAAGUUGAAGUAAACGCAUUUUCCAUGUAUUCCGAAAAAACUCAUUCUUUAUCGGUCUUACAUUUUAUCAUCAGGUGUUAUAUUUUAUUAAAAGAAAUAAAUUAAAUACAAACAUUUAAACCCUGUCUA